CGCCCAUCGUCGAAUUAUUCACACGCAGACGUUCUCAACGAUCGGACCAAAAAAUAUCAAAUCGGGGCAUUAACCAAUUUGGUGACAAAUAACUUUGUGGGCUUCUCCUCUCAAAAAACAAAAAAACAAAAAAAAAAACAAAAAAAUACUUUGUUUUUGUUAAACAAAAUAAAUAAGCUUGUCACUCCGAGGAGAUCAAGUUCAAGUGGUGAAAUACAAACAAUGAUUAGUUAGCAAAAAUGAUUUGCGAAAACAAUUAACAAAACUAAUCAUCUAUAAAAAUCAUUCAAGGACAUUCGGAAAGCAUCUUUGAAAAGGCUUGUCAAGUUUGUGUGAAAAUAAUAUUUAUUUAAAUAUUUACCAAUGGAUUAUUAAAUUAGACAAGACUAAAAAAACAUUUAAAAACGUUGAUCAUGUAUCAUCCAAGCGUAUGAAAUAAUUGCAAUAAAUAACAACAUUCAAAUACGUUUCUGAAAAGUGCUCGAAGAAGGCUCUAAAACGGCAACAAUAAGUGAAAACCGCUGCAAUUCUAUGAGUUUUGUGAACCUCAAAGACACAAUUAUUAAUGUUUUAAUGCUGCCAAAUAGAUAGCAAUCAGCCCCAGCCGAUAAAAGUAGAGUGAAAAACCCAAAAGCCUCCACAUAUUGAAUAUUAAAGUUUCCAAUUUCAAAAGCAAGUGAAGAGAAAGUCCCUAAGAAAUGGCUAAAUACUUUAUUACUUUGGUGCUCCUAAUGUGCCUGGCUUUGGAGAACAGGAAUGUGUACAAUCGCCUGCAUGCCCGAUCGCUUCCCAGUUCCCGCGGCGACAUCCUGCGUCCGAAUCCCAAGCACCAGUCGCAUCCCCAUGUGCAGCACACCUCGCAGCAGCUGCAGCAGGAGCACCACAUCCGCCAGCAGCGAUCCCGGCAACUGAAGCACCUGGAACCGGAUCCGAGCGAGGAGGACGAUGCACCGAUCACCAAGCAGGAGUACUAUGCCCGCCUAAGGCGCCAUGUCCUCAAGAAGACGCAGGACCUCAUUCAGCAGGAGCUGAGCUACAAUCAUCCCGCCGGGGAGCAGUUCAAGGUGCCCCGUUUGUGGCAGCAUCUCAUGGAGCAGGAGGAGAAGUCGCACCGCCAUGAGAUUGCCACGGAGGAGGAGGUCGAGGAGUUCCCCGUCAUGUUUGCAGAUGCCCCCGACGAGUCAUCAUUCUUCGCCGAGGAACUCUCACCCUUGGACUUUGUGCGAAAUGAACUUAUGGCGGGGGAGGAGCAGCAGGAGCAGCAGGAGAAGGAUGUGGAACCCCAGGUGCCCAUUGUGGAGUCCGAGACUCAGGAUUUGGGCGAGAGAAACAUCACCAUUUCAGUUAAAUCCCGUAGUGGUGGCUGUCCCAAAUGCGAAAGCAAUCGCCAAGUGGAGCACAUCACCGAGGAGCAGUUGACCCAGCUGCGCAUCGAGUUCGUUAAGCAGCAGAUUCUGGAGAAGCUCCGCCUCAAGGAGAGUCCCAAGGUCUCAGCCGUGGAGCUGCCCAAGCCCAUCUUCGAUGGCAUGACCCUCUCCCAUCCGGAUGACAGCACCAAGAACAAGGAGCUGGACGACUAUUAUGCCAGGACCAGCAAAAAGUUCAUACUGCUUAAUAGAGAAGAGGUCGAAUGCAAUCGCUUGGGAGGUGGAAAAUCCAACCCGUCCAUGUGCUUCAGCUUCAAGAUCGACGAUGCCGAUGCCGAAGGCUUCGAUGUGAGCACUGCCGUCCUGUGGCUUUUCAAAAACAAACAGAAUCGCACAGAUGAAGGAUCGGACUCGGAAUCGGGAUCUUUAAACAGCACCAGUUCGCAGCAGACGAUUGUCGUUUCCGAGGUGGAGGUGAAUCCGCAGCAGGACUCCAAGUAUUUGACGGCCACCAAGACCAUAGCCAUCCAGUCGGUGAAUGUGCAAGAUGAGUGGAUGAAGAUCGACAUUGAGUGGCCCAUUAAGCACUGGAUCAGCGGUCACGAGCUGAGCCACCUCAUCCAGAUUUCGUGUGGGGGCUGCGAGGUCAGCGACAUGGAGGAGAUCAUAUCGGUGGACAAGGACUAUCGGCCCUUCAUCAUGAUCGAUAUGCAGAAUAGGCGCCGGAAGAGCCGCCAGAAGCGCAGCAUCAACUGCUCCAGCGGAAUGACGGAGUGCUGCCGGGAGCACUUGUACAUAUCCUUCCGGGACAUCGGCUGGAGCAACUGGAUCCUGAAGCCGGAGGGCUACAAUGCCUACUUCUGUCGCGGAUCCUGCAGCUCGGUGGCGAGUGUCACGCAAGCGGCCUCCCACCACAGCUCCAUAAUGAAAAUUCUCUCCACAAGCGGUGCUAACAAGUCGCUGGAGUUGGUGCCCUGCUGCACCGCCAAACAGUAUUCCUCGCUGCAGCUGGUCGUGAUGGACUCGAGUAAUACGGCCACGGUGAAGACGCUGCCCAAUAUGGUGGUGGAAUCUUGUGGCUGCAGAUAGUCCUUCCUGCGACUAUAUAGAUGGCCACUCACUGGCCAGCCAUCCAUCAACCAAGCUACAUUUACAUAUCGGACAAAUUAGACCUAGACUCGCUCCAUUUUAGAUAGCAUUCAAACUACACAUUUCUCUUCAAUUAAUUUAAACUCAUUUGCAAAGCAUUUACAUUAGCGUUAUUAUUUAAUCGUAAUUAUAUGUAGUGCAUGUGCUGCCACUAGUUGUAGUCAAAGCUAAAGUCAAUGUACUUAAGCACUCGAAGUAUGUAGUUAGUUAGCAAAUAGCUCCAAUUAAUAUAGUAGCGUUACUAAGUGCUAUCUUUAAUUAUGUUACGCAAUUAGUUUCAUUGUUUAAGUAGCGUUUAUUGAGUUAUUGGCCGAGAAAAACAUAAAGAAAAACGGAAAAUAAAACAAUGUUAAAAUAAGAUUUAAA